CGAGUGAAACUAGGAGGUUCAGACUCCGUCGUGGGAGGAUUCACACCAGCUGGAGUGUCUUAUUAGAUCAGACACUGAACCGCUGAAGAAAAUGUUUCACAUGCUUGUUUUGUUCUGUUUGUGCUGCUGGAGUUUGACUGGUGUGUUUCGUGAUUCAGUGUCAGUGAUGGAGGGAGAUUCUGUCACUCUAAACACUGAUUUUACUGAAAUACAUGAAGACGACAUACUGUGGACAUUUGGAGCUGAAAACUCUCUCAUAGCUAAAAGAAAGAAGCAAAUCUUCUACACAUAUAAUAGUACUGAUGAGAGAUUCAGAGACAGACUGAAGCUGGACAAUCAAACUGGAUCUCUGACCAUCACAAACAUCACAACUGAACAUGCUGGAGUUUAUGAAGUACAGAUAAGGGCAGAAAAACUGACAUCAAAAUCAUUCAGUGUUUGUGUAUAUGCUCGUCUGCCUGUUCCUGUCAUCAGCAGUAACUCUUCACAAUGUUCUUCAUCAUCAUCAAAUUGUUCAUUGGUGUGUUCAGCUCUGAAUGUGGGUCAUGUGACUCUCUCCUGGUACAAAGGAAACAGUUUAUUGUCCAGCAUCAGUGUGUCUGAUCUCAGCAUCAGUCUCUCUCUACCUCUGGAGGUGGAAUAUCAGGAUAAAAACACCUACAGCUGUGUGCUGAACAAUCCCAUCAGAAACCAGACUCAACAUCUGGACAUCACUCAACUCUGUCACACAUGUGCAGCUCCUCCAGUCUCUCUGAUAGUGCUGAUCUCUGCUGGAUCUCUGUUGAUUGUUGCUGCAGUCGUGAUCUUCUGCAUCUGCAUGAAAUGUAGAACUGAAAAAGAAGCUGAGACUCAUGAAGAACAGAUCACUUACGCUGAACCAACGUUCUACAAAAGAAACUCACAGAAAUCGAAAGUUGAGGAGGAGGAUUGUGUGGAUUAUGCACCAAUCACAGUGAGAAGAUGAUCAAACGUCAGUCUUUUUCUAGGUAGAAGACCCAGAUUGUGUGAUCAUUUACACUGGAAACCAACAGCCUUAGACUCUGAAUGUAUGGUUGAGUUUUGGGAUUAUGAGAAUCGCCACAUCAGGAAAUAACAGCAGACACAGAGUUGGAUUAUCCUAAAGGGGUUUUAAGUGUGAUAAUUAGCAAUGGAUUAAUUAAAUGGCCUCCUAAAAACUGCAAAAACUUAAUUGUACUACAAGGACUUUAAACAAAUGAUGUAAAUCGUGUGGCCCAUUGGAACAUUUUCACUCAUUUUUUUGGGAACAUUUUUACUCUUAAAGUCAAUAGUGCAAAACGUAGAUGCAAGCUACUCAUUAAAAGCGGUCAAAGUGAA